GGAGAAUAAUUCUGGAGAAGAAGACAUACGAAAUCCAUUUAUUACUGCUAAUGGUUUGGAGUGCUAUGACGUCAAAAUUCAUUUGAGAACAAAUGCUAUUGGUAUGCCGAUUAACUUCAAUGGAUUCGUUCCGAAUUCUGAUACGAAAAGUUUAGAAUUCAUAGCAGACAGAAAAUAUCCUACAAGAUUAAACAAUAUUUUCACACAAAAUCAAAUUAAGUACAACACCACAGAUUGGACCAUCACGACGAUAUCUAUGUCUAAUGAAGCAGAACCACCGAGGAAGUUCAAUUAUAAUUUGCUCUUAUGGAAAGCUAAUACCAAUGAAGAAUCUUUCAAAAUUAAAUGGAAACAAAGAAACUCGAUAAAAAUGUGUAUAUCCAUAUCAUAUUUACUAGAAGACGAAUCGAAAUGUACAUUAUCAGUGGAACUAACUGAUGGAGAAAAUUUAAAAAAAAAAAUCAUGAAUGCUUAUGCUAUAAAAGAAUCGAGAGAUCUAAAAACAUUGUUAUUGAAAAAUGAUUAUUGGUUAAACAAGAACCAGACAUAUAGUUUAAAUUUUAAGCUCUUAAAAAAUAAAAUAGAACCGACAUCCAAUACAAAAUUUGAUUUUUUUAUUGAAGAAGAGAAUAAUACUCAUGUAUUAUAUGCCGAAGGUUGUAAAAUUGGAAUUAAACGUAUAGCCCAGUGCACAGAUGAAUACGAAAAUGAAGAUAUAUUGACUAUAAAUGAAAAAGAAUUACAAGAUACACCAUCUAAUGUUUCGUUGACCUUCAAUGUUUAUCCAUUUGAUAAUGAGCCACAACAAAAUAUUAUUUCACCGAGUUCGGAGUGCCAUAACGGAGGAUUCGCAAACUAUAACGGAUGUGUAUGUCCUCCUGGCUUUAAAGGCAAUAACUGCGAAUAUGGAUGUGGACCGAACAAGUUUGGCGCUGACUGCACCGGAAUAUGUUCAAUACAUCAAACGCGAUGUCGACAAAUGAUGAUGUGUACCAAAGGAUUUGGGUGCAAAUGUCCAGCGGGAUUUAGUGGUCUCCAGUGCACCAAAGAAUGUACAAGUGGUACGUACGGCGUUAAUUGCGAGCAACAAUGUCCAAAAGCAUGUUUAACAUCAUGUAACAUAUACACUGGCGUUUGCAACAAAGGAUGUAUAGCCAGUUACAUUGCACCGGAUUGUAGAGAAAAAUAUCCAUGGCUUGAAUCUCCGCCACAACUGGAAUCGUCAGAUUUUACGUCAAUAAAAUUAAAAAUUGAUUUUAAUUCAGAAAACAUAGGAGGCAGUCGCAAUGUUAACCCGAUGUUUUACCAAAUCAUGUAUAAAAUUGCUAGAAAUGAAUCGGAAUUUCAAUACUUAGAACUAAAAGAAAUUGGAAAACAAAAAUCUGUAGUUGAAACAACGGAAAAUCUCAAACCCGGAAUAUCGUACACUUUUGGUGUGAUCCUAGUUUCAGAAGACGGAAAUUACAAUAUAGAAGAUAUCAUAACUGUUAAUUAUUCCACCAACUGUCUAUUGCCGGUCAGUACAAAUUAUGAUGUUAACUUGUUGAGUGGCCUAGACUACAUCAAUGUCACUUGGAACAAGCUUAAUGAUCAAGAUGAAGGGUACUGCAAAAUAACGGUAUAUUUAUUGAGACUGAUCUUUAAAAACCUACCACUACAGCAACAAACUUACUUAGAAGAAGUAAAAUCCAAUAAAAAUAAUGGAUAUAUUUUUGAAAAUCUACUACCCAAUGAAAAAUACGCAGUACAAGUAACAGCAAUAACGGCAACAGGUCAGACUAAACCAUCAAUAUUGUCAUUUAUUUACACCGAACCUAAUGAACAUAUUCAAAUAAAAAACAUAAAAACCAAAUUUAAUGAGAAUUCAACACUGAUAAUAACGUGGGACAUUAAUGAAAGUCAUACAUAUAAGCCAUUAAAUUUUGAAAUUAAAUACAAGGUUAAUAAGUAUUUUAGUUGUUCAAACAAAAUCAUAACAAACAAUUGGACAUCACUGUUAGUUUACAAUCAGACCAGACAAGAAAUCUCGAAUUUGAUACCAAACGCGCAGUAUAUAAUAAAAGUUGAGCUAACAAAAAAAGGAUAUACUUACGACGACUAUUCUAAUAUGAUUUAUGUAAAAACACCUAUCUCUAAACCAAUGAUAACACCUUUAAUUAAUGAAGAAAAUAGUUCAUAUAUUACAAAUCGAAGUGCACACUUCAAUUGGAAGAUAAACAAAACCGAGUGCUCUAAACUAAAUGGUUUCUUUCGAGGAUACCAGGUCAUACUUAAAGAUAUAGUCGAACGCACGCAAGUAGCAAAGUCAGUUAAAGAAAACAUGGUGAACUACAACGGAUUAAAACCAGACACUAAUUACGAACUGCAAAUAUACGUAAUGACAAAUCAUGGAUACAACUUGGAACAAGGAUUGUUAAUACCGUUCAAAACCAAAACUAAAUUUUUAGUACCAGUGAACGAAUUAAUAGUUUACAAGAAAAAUUUAAAGAAAAAAUCGAUUGGAAUCAGAUGGAGUUACCCCAAUGAAAAUGAUAUGAAUGGUUUUAUCGUCAUCGCAAUCGAUGAGAAUUUGAAUAAUACAAAACGAAUUAUUAUAGAACCCGCGGAAAGAUGCAUUGCUUGGCCAAAAUUUUAUUGCACUACUUUUGAUAACCUUAUACCCAACAACCAGUACACCAUAAAAGUAAAAGCCAAAUCACUAGACUAUCCAACAGGUGGUCCGACGGCAUCGGUCGUCACUAAUUUCAUCGAUGGGUUUGCAGGUAAACCGGAAAAUCUCAGGACAACAAGCGUAGGCUCCACGUACAUUUCCCUGGAAUGGGGUAUUCCAUAUAUACUCAACGGUGUAUUGAAAUCGUUCAUAGUGAACAUCAAAGAGAUUUUGUCUCAAAAAAGUGUAUUAUACGUUGAAUUCCCGAUAAUAGAAGAACUCCCAACCUAUAAUUGUACGAUAUACGACUUAAAGCCCGGUUUCACUUAUUCAAUUGGUGUAUUAUCAAAGACCUCGUCUAAUGGUCAAACUAGUACAAUAUACGUGACAACUCUGGUGUCUACUAUCGCAACUAUUGUUGAUGUUGAUACCGAACAACCCAUCCAAGUUACAACUUGAAGUGCAUUAUACAAUGUCGGGUAAAUCUGAUGGUGUAUACUGUGUAGAUUCUUAGUACCUUUAAAGUUUAAGAUUAUUAAAAAUAAUAUUGAAUAAUGAAAAUUUCGUUUUUAUCAUAAUUUUCGUUUUUAGAAUACAUAUUAUAAUUUAUUUUCUCGAACCAACUCAAAAAUGUUGAGUCAAAAUAAACAUGUACCAGUGUAACUUAACCUAUUAAAGCCGAUUAAACAUUUACUGGCCUAAC